UUCCAUGUUUUCCAUGUUUUCCAUGUUUUCGUGUGUUCCGUUUGUUCCAUGGCAAGUUGUAGUGUCCGCUGCUAGUCCGCACGUCAGUGGAAGUUAUUCGUCCUUAGAAAUCUUUCUGUAAAAUCGCAAUUCAGAAUUCUAUCCGGAAAUGGACGCCACUGAAGAAGUAACGCUGCAUGCGCCAGUUCCUGCCGUGGCAAAGGCCGUCAAAGCACGCGCAGCACGCUCCCUGUGCUCCCUUUGUGAAGAGCCCGUUGAUUAUCGAAAGAAGUACACUCAGGGAUCUCUUCUAGGCACAGGGGCAUCCGGAUCGGUGUUUGAGGUGUGGAUGGGAGGCGAUAUCAGCAGAAAGUUCGCCGCCAAAAUCCACAAAGGCUCUCUUAGCGAGGCAGCUGCGAAGGCACAGGUGGAGGAGAUUCGAGUGCUGAGACGUCUGAACAACUGUGACCAUGUCCUUAGGUUGACGGAUGUGUGCGCGGAGCCGGCAAAACCUGAAAUUGGAAAGAUCCUCGUGCUGGAACUCGGCUCCACACCGUUGACUGACUUCAUUAAGCCGAAGUACAUUUCAACACGCGUUCCAAACGAAGAUGUCGCGAAGAAAUUUUCGCAGCAACUGGUUUGCGGUUUGGCCGAACUUCACCGCCUCAAUAUCGCCCAUCGGGAUAUCAAGCCGGCCAAUGUAGUUGCCGUUGUAGACCAGGAAGAGGGAUGGCGGAUGAAGUAUUGCGAUUUUGGCCAAUCGACCAUUGCUGACGACAAUCAGCUCCUCCUCGCCAAUAUACUUCGGGGAACGUUUCCGUACUUCGCGCCUGAAGAGUUCUUUUGCGAAACGUUCAACUUCAAGGCCGAUGUUUGGAGCUUGGCGAUGGUGCUAGCUCGUUUAUGGCGAAAGGGUGGCCAGAAGUUAGUACCGAACGGGUCAAGUGACCUUGCCCUUGUCGAUCGCAUCAAAGAAUACAUGCUCAACAUCACAUGUAUUCUUGGCGGCUUCACAGCCAAGACGUUCUGUGAGGAAACGAGAGUGGGCAUGGUGCAUUACGACCAAUAUGACGCAGUGUGCAGUGCAGCACCAGCACAAUCCAGUCUCAAAAUUCAGCUGACUCAAGACCCACACAAGCGGCCUGACUUAAAUAUUCCUCAGACCGCUGUUGACCUACUGGCGGCAAUGUUGCAGUAUGACCCCGUAGCGCGACUUUCUGCUGAUCAAGCCUGUCAGCAUCCCUACUUCCAUGAAGAGGAAGCGGCAGCAAGUGCGGAUGUAGACAAAUGUUUAGAUGCACCGUUGUGUUAAGAUGUUUCUGCAGGGUACAAGUGAACUGGCGAUUCGUUUGAUGGGAGAAUUGUUUCUAUGCCGUGUUUGUCUUUUACUUGAGCUUUUUCGCCUGCCUGAUGCGGAGCGGCCAUGUAUUCGUGUUAUACAUGUACUUGAGUUUUUUUGCCUGCCCGAUUCGGAGCACGGCCACGUAUUCGUGUUUUACUUGAGUGCAUUUUACCUCGGCAAUGUUUUAGUUUCGCUUGAGAUCAAAAUAUCUAGACGAUUUUCAAUAA